AUGUUCUUGAAUCUUCAGCACUGGUCCGAACGCUGGGACUCCGAACGCUCGAAUAGGUUUCUGGGUGACGCUGACUUGGGAACAUAUAACCGGGGGCAUCGCCCAAUUCUCAUCUAUUCUUCUGUAGGCGGACUCAUCCAGAAUGGAGCGGUUACGGAAUCAAAUUUCCUCCAGAUGCUCGGGAUCCUGUUGACAUUAACUAUUUUCAUCCCACCAUGA